AGCUGGAGCAGAGCUUCUAGACAUGAUUCUUAGAAAGGGGUAAAAACUUAUAUCCUACACCUUCAACCCCGACUAUGAGAGAGCCACUCGGCAUUGAGGAAAUGACAUGUUACGAGUAUGGUAAUAAAUUCAAAAUGGAAGGGAAAAGCUAUAAAGAUAAAGGAGCUAACCAGCUCUUUCUCCUCACGGAACGCAAUAUUAUCAUUUGGCUAAAUCUUUUUGUGGAACCAUUUUCCAUUUGGGAAAGACCUUGGCUAAUGAAAUUAGAAUUUGGUUGAUUCUUGUUUAGCUUAUAUUAUCAUUUGGUUCCACUAAAAUAAGCUACUUCCAAUUCUUUAAAAAAAGCUACUUCAAACAUGAAAAUUUAUAAAUUUGCAAGCCAAGAUGAGCACCUCCAAACUUGAAGCCACUAUUUAGUGUUGGAAUUGUACUCAUAACUCUUAAUUUCAUUGAUUGUUAAGUAAUCAUGAAACUCAGAAACUGAAAAAAUGACUCAAAAGUAAGGCAAAAGUGCCAAAAAAUAUGGAAAGAAAACAACAAAAAAGCACAUGGAUUUCAUGGAUAUGAUACAAUAUUUAUGCCUUAAAAAACAAAGUUUUCUCCUUUUUGCUCGUUCGUCAAUGGGGUUUCUAGCUUCCAUUAUUUCCUUUCAUGGAUGAUGUCAAACCAACAUUAAAGUUAUCUAUAAUCAUCAAUAAAUAAGUGGGCAUUUGUCUAUUUUGUUGCCUUGAACUAUUCACUAUACUUUCUCAUUGUCUUUUGGAAUUAGUGGUGUUUUUUAGUUUCUACUUUCUAUUGAAAGUUGUGGUUUUUCCUUUUGCUUCUUCUGGUAUGGCUUUAUCUUCUUGCUUUGCUUAUCCCCAGAUCUCUCCCAAGAAAGAUUGCCGCGUUCAAGUACAUAAAAAUCAUGAUAAGCCGAGAUCAAGUCCAAGUUUAGUGCUCUCUAUUCAAGGUUCAAGCACUGAACUUUUCGGUCACCAAAUGCCUAAGCUAAGAGCAGAGGUAAAAUAUGGUUGGUGUUUUCUCGGGGGCCUUAGAAUUGAUAUUAGAUCAAAAGCAGACAAAUCCAUUCUUUCGCUAAAGAAUUGUGGAGUAUGUUGCUCAUGGUUGGCGAAUACUCAAAUCGCUAGCAGUGCAUUUACAUUAGGAACUGCAGCUGUCCUCCCAUUUUACACUCUUAUGGUCGUUGCUCCAAAAGCCGAGCUUACUAAGAAGACUAUGAGAAGUAGCAUACCAUACCUUGUGCUAGGCCUUCUAUACGCCUAUCUUUUGUACCGUUCUUGGACUCCUGAAACCAUACGAUUGAUGUUUGCGAGUAAAUACUGGCUACCGGAGCUACAAGGUAUAGCAAAAAUGUUUUCUAGUGAAAUGACAUUAGCAUCGGCAUGGAUUCAUCUGCUCGUAGUAGACCUAUUUGCAGCCAGGCAAGUUUAUCAGGAUGGUUUGGAGGAGGAUAUCGAGACUCGACAUUCAGUUUCGAUGUGCUUGCUUUUCUGUCCUAUAGGAAUUCUAAGCCAUUUUAUCACAAAGACACUGUCAAAACCUGAUGAGAAAACUAGACAUACUGAUAACAUUAUCUAAUUGUUUAUCUAAUUGUUUUGCUCCAUAGGAAUUCAGUUUCAGUGUUUUGGUUAGAUGUGAGGAUGUAUUGGUUUAGUUGUGGUUUUGAUUCAUACAUCAACUGUAUCAUGCACCUUGAUCUCGUCAUAAAUGACGAAAAAAAAUACAUGUUUCGAGUUUUAUA